AUGUGUAUGAAAGUUGACUGUCAAGAAUGUGGCAAACCAACAUGGAAAGGAUGUGGUAAACAUAUUGAACAAGCAUUAAAAGAUGUACCUGAAGAUGAACGAUGCAAAUGUCCAAGAGAAACAUGUGAAUCAAUAGCAGCUGCAGCACACAAAACUGCAGAAACGAAAGUAGAAACAACCACAACAUCAACAGCUAAUGAUGAAACAAAAAUUGAAGAUAAGAUUAAAUCUGAUGAAACAAAAACUGAACAUAAAGCUGAAUCCGAUGAAAAGAAAGUCAAUGAUGAAAUUAAAUCUACUGAAACAAAAGCUGAUGAAAAAAUCGAAGGUAAAGAAACACCAACCGAAACAAAGCAUGACCAAGAAAUUAAAGCCGAAGAAACAAAACAUGAUGAAAAAAUCGAAAGUAAAGAAGCAUCAAUUGAAACUAAGCGUGAUCAAGAAGUUAAAGCAGAAGAAACAAAACAUGAUAAAGAAAUAAAAGCUGAAGAACCAAAACAUGAUGAAAAAAUCGAAGGCAAAGAAACAUCAAUUGAAACAAAGCAUGAUAAAGAAACUAAAGCUGAAGAAACAAAAACUAGUGAAGAAAUAAAAGCUGAAGAAACAAAAAAGAAAGAAGAUUGA